AAGACGAAUUGUUCUGCAUCGUAACGCAUAUGGUGAAAUGAAAAUCUGCAAUUGAUGAAAGAUUUUUCUGUUUUUUUGUUACACCAACAUGGAUCCUGCUUAUGGCAAGACACACGAGAGAGGGGUUUGGGUGGUACCGGAGUCAUGAAGGAAGAUACUAACAUUGUGAAGUGACUGAAUGAAGCUGGUAUUUUCUGUUGACUGCAUUGCAUCCAUACAAGUUUUUAUUACAUUUGUAUGUGUUCUCCGCAUUAAUCGCUAAAAUUAGAGGAAGAGAGCAAAGUUGAAAAUGUCUUACAAUUCUCUCUGUUAUUAACUCUGUUUUUUCUUCUUUCCAUUUUCGUCCAUUUUUUCUCCUUACCACCUCCACGCCGUUGUGUCGUUUCACACCCACAACGGCAUCAGCUGGUGGUGGUGAUCGAUCACCAGCUUCCUCCGCUUUCAUAAUUCCCCUGUUUUCUUCUCUGUAAAUGUGUUCCGAAAUACGCAAACAAAAUCAUUAAAAAAAAAGGCCAGAUAUAUUCCUCCAUGAUUAAAGGAAUGCAAAUUCCAUGGAGGAAUAUCUCUUGGGUCCUAUUAGUUUUGUUUGCGUACAAUUGUCAAACAUGUAACGGGCAGGAUUACGGCGGAGAGGAAAAACCGGCAGCACCGCCACCGGAGCAAGAGACUUGCGAUGGAAUAUUCAUCACCUACAAUUUCGAUGGACGAGAGAAGAUAUAUCCAUUGGUGAAGAAUGUAUCUGCACAGGGAUGGUCAUUUAAGUCUAUGUUAACGGUGUUGAAUACAGGGGUUUUUGAGCUGAAAUCAUGGAAAGUUUUCGUCGGAUUUCAGCAUAAAGAGCUUUUGGUAUCGGCGGACGGAGCUGUUGCAAUUGAUGGAGAUGGAUUUCCGGUACGAGUGGGUAAAAAUGGUACAACAUUGGCAGGGUAUCCACAAUCUGAUUUGAAAACAGCGAUAGAUACUGCCGGAGAUUUUACUCAGAUGUCGGCUCAAAUCAGUAUAAAGGGGACGCAAUUUGGUCUUAAAGAGAAAACAAAUCCAAUGCCUUCAACAAUCAAGCUCGUCGAUGAGGGAUACAAAUGCCCUGCUCCUAAGCGCUAUAAAACUUACAUGCAUGUUUGCUGCAAGAAGGAUCCUAAAUUCAAGCCUAAGAAUGUGACCACCAAGUUCAUGCCUCGUCGCUAUGGAGACCUCUCCAUAACUUACGAUGUUCUAUCAGCAUUCACGAAUAGGUAUCAAGCACAAGUCACAAUUGACAAUCUUAAUCCUUUGGGUCGUCUUGAUCACUGGAACUUAACAUGGGAAUGGAUGAGGAACGAGUUCAUUUACAAUAUUAAAGGUGCUCAUACUCAUAAAAAGGACCCUUCUGAAUGCAUUUACGGACCUCAAGGACAAUAUUACAAGGAUUUCGAUUUCACUACUGUGAUAAAUUGCCAAAAGAAACCAAUCAUUUCCGAUUUACCUAGGGAGAAAGCAGACGAUGACAAAAUUGGGAGGUUGCCUUAUUGUUGCAGAAACGGAACUCUUUUGUCACCUAUCAUGAAUGAAACACAAGCAAGGUCCAUUUUCCAGAUGGAAGUUUUCAAACUCCCCCCUGAUUUAAACAGAACCGCGUUAAAUCCACCUCAGAACUGGAAAAUCGUGGGUACAAUUAACCCGUCUUAUACAUGUGGACCGCCAGUCAGAAUUGAUCCAUCACCAUUCCCGGAUCCUAAAGGAAUAGGAAUUACUACUGCUGUGGCUAGCUGGCAAAUUACUUGUAACAUUACUCGUCCGAAGCCUAAAGCAGCCAAAUGUUGUGUUUCUUUCUCAGCUUAUUAUGCUGCAUCUGUUAUCCCCUGCAACACUUGCGCCUGUGGCUGUGAACAGUCGUCUAAAUGUGACGCGAACAAAAAGCCUCUACUUCUUCCUCCAGAAGCGCUUCUCGUCCCUUUUGAAAAUAGGGACCUAAUGGCGAAAGCUUGGAGCAAUAUCAAACAUCUUGGCCCUAUGCCUAAGAAACUACCUUGUCCUGAUAAUUGUGGAGUGAGCAUCAAUUGGCAUGUUGAUAGUAACUACAAGACAGGAUGGACUGCGCGUAUAACACUCUUUAACUGGGGAAAUGACGCGUUUGAAAACUGGUUUUCCGCAAUCCAAAUGAAGAAAGGUGUAGCUAAUGGCUAUGAAAAUGUGUACUCGUUCAACGGUACAAAACUGCCUAAUGAAAAGAGCAACACUAUAUUUAUGCAAGGUUUACCUGGUUUGAAUUUCUUGGUAGGAGAGGUUAAUGGGACAAAUCCUAGUAAGGAUCCAAAAGUACCUGGAAAACAACAAUCUGUUAUUUCAUUUUUAAAGAAGAAUACACCAAAUAUUAACGUUGAAGGUGGCGAUGGAUUCCCUUCUAAGGUGUUCUUCAAUGGUGAAGAAUGCGCGCUUCCACCGGAGUUUCCUAAAAACACUGCAGCAUUCAAAUCCCAAAUUGGUCUUUUGCCAGCAAUUUUGGUUGCUCUCCUCACUUUUCUUCUUUUGACGAAUGGGUUACACUGAUCAUCACUCAACUUGACGGUUUCUCUAGAGACAAUUAAUGUCCAUGAAGAGAUGGGAGCAGUAAAGAAGAAAACAGCAAAAAGUGACCAUUACAUGAGCUCUGAAGUUGAAGAGUACUGUAAUCAAGUUGUGACAGUAGAAAGGAAAAAAAAUGUUGUAUG